AUGAGCCGGCUUCUGGCUGACUGGCGCUUACUGUGGAAGCACACUGACCCUCAAGGCAAUGCUGGUGGAGUUGACUGUCAGAUUCAGCUCACUGUCAGCAGCACGCUCCUCUCCAAGCUGCCGGAGGAAGUACACCAUGGAGAGGAGGAGGUGGGGACGUUUGCCUUCCAGGCAGAAAUGGCCCAACUCAUAUCUCUCAUCAUCAAUAUCUUCUAUUCCAACAAGGAAUUGAUCAGUAGUACUUCUGAUGCCUUGGAUAAGAUACAUUAUGAGAGCCUGACAGACCAGUUAGACCGUGAAAAAUAGCUGAAAACUGACAUCAUCUCAAACCCCCAGGAAUGCACCUUGACUCUGGUGGACACAGGCAUUGGCAUGACCAAAGCUCCUCUCAUAAAUAAUCUGGGAGCCAUUGCCAAGUCUGGUACAAAGGCAUUUACGGCGGGUCUUCAGGCCGGUUUGGACAUCUCCAGGAUUAGACAAUUUGGUGAUGGCUUUUCUGCCUACCUAGUGGCAGAGAAAGUGGUUGUGAUCACAAAGCACAGUGAUGAUGAGCAGUAUGCCUGGAAGACCUCUGUUGGAGGUUUCUUCAUGGCACAACCUCACCACAGUGAGCCUCUUGGCUGGGGUACCAAAGUGAUCCUCUACCUUGAAGAACAGACAGAGUACUUAAAGACGAUAGUCCAUUGGAGGAAACAGAAGCAUCGUGGCUUCUCAUUGGCUGAGCUAUGGCAGUCUCCCAUUGGCUGGGCUGUUACUGGGCCAGUUUUAGUAAAGAAAUCCCACUUCCUGUCGGAGAUGCUGGUGCAGCUUCCCGCGCUGAGUGACAGACUGAGGCAGUGCCGUUUCUAUGGUCUUACAAAGCACCCAGGCAUUGGAGGAAACCCUUGUCAUCAGUCAUCUCUGCUCCUCAGUUGCUCCCAAGCCACCUAUUACUCUGGCCUAGAUCCCCAAGCUGCCAUUUCUCUCGGAGGUUUCCCUGCUUCUUAG